AUGGAUAAUUUAACAGACAUCAGAGUCAAAAUAGACAUUGAAGAGAUAAGGAAAAAAGUGCAAGAUCUGAAUAUACUGAGCAGUGACGGUAGAAUGUGUGCAUGGAAUAUCAGUCUGCUGCUCAGCGGCCUAGUGCAGGAUCAUACAAAAAUUACUGUAUCUGGCAGUGCAUCUCCAGAGAGAGUGGGCGAUUUGGCAAGAAUGGUGCAGGCAAGAAUCUUUUAUAUCAUCAUGGGGUCAUAUAGCGCGCUGAUGGAAGAUCCCGGCAAUAAAAAGCUUUUUUUGGUAAUAAACAGCAGAAAACAGAUAGAAGUGCAGGAGAAUGGACUAUCGCAGAAACUUAGCGCUAAUUUUACCGCAUGGUAUGCAACAGUAAAAAAUAACAUGAAAGAGAAGGACUUGGAUGAGCUGAUAAAGCACACAGCACACAUACUAUUCUCUGGUAUAUACAAUAACAGCCUAAAUCCAGAUAUAGGCACCUAUCUCUGUUCGUUUGAGAAUCUUGUAUUUGGGAUGCUAGGCUUAGAUCAGAGAACAGGUAGAAUAGACCUAGAAGAUGUUUUCAGCUGUGAUGAGCUGUAUACAAAAGAAAAAGAUGGAAAGCUGUUUAUAGACUAUGGAUUGGAGCUGUUUUUUGAGAACUCGCAGAACCAAAUGUUUAGGGAAGACCUAAAACACGGCAUAAUUAGUAGCCCUGCCUAUGCUAAUGAGAAGUUCAGGAGUGCACCGCUGAAAGAGCUGUCUGAUCUUGACAAAAAGAUAAUCAGAACGAUAUACAAGAACCAAAGAGAUAUCAGGAUAAAACAGUAUAUAGAAUAUCUUACCAUACAAACAUUCUUGUAUCCCGGGAACAUCUUUAUGAACACCACAUGCUACGAAAUGUUCUUCCACGGUGAGGGUCUUUCCAAGCUGUGGAGCGACUGCCCAGAAAAUGCACAAUUUGAUAUUUUCCGUAACAUAGAUAAGAUAGAAGAUGCGCUAGAGAAAAAUAAAAUAGAAGAACUAGUGAUAUUGAACAAAAUCAAUAACGAACUAGAAUAUAGAAAUAGCCUGGUCUAUAAAGUACUGAAUGCUAUUUUUAUCACUUCACUGUGCCGCUAUGUGUCUAAAUCGCUCAGUGACUUCGACUCAGAGGAAAUUAAAAAUAAAAGCACCCAAAGACUGCUCUAUGAAAAGGACGCAAUAGACCUCUACCAGAAUAGCUACUCUCUUCUUGUGUCUCUCCUUAAAAUCAAAUCAAAUGAGCUCUCUCAGGCUGCCAGGGAUAACGCAAAUGCAAAUGUUCAGAGCUACUACAAAGUCAUAAGAAAAGUAGUAAAAAACAAGACAAUAUCAGAAAAUGAAAAAAGGCACAGAAAAAUAAGAAAAACAGCUGUAACAAUCAUAAUUAUGCUACUUGUUUCUCUUACUGUCGCAGCAAUAACCUACUGUGCAAUCAAAUACUAUACGCUAUUGACGAGUAAAUAG